AGUAAUUCUACAGAAUUUAAAUUUUCAAGUAAUGCAAUGUUUGGUUACAAUAAAAUUGCAUAAAGUACAGAAAUAACGUGGAGAAUGGGAAACAAAAACUCCACACAGUCAUGUAAAACACAAAACGACCAAAAAAUAAACGCCAAAGACAGCACAGGUUAUUGCAAUGAAAAGACGAAGAAAUUGAGAAACGUAAAUGACCCUAAAAAAAAUUCACAGAUAUUGAAGAAGAAUUUUGUUGGACAUUGUUCUACCAAUCCCUUUAUCAUUUUUUUUUUACGAUUACGUAACAAGAAACCCAAUGAACAUGUAACGGUGAUAGCUCGAGCAGCUGGAAAAUUAUGGACGCGCAUGUCUCUGGAUCAAAGAAAAAAAUAUAUAGAUUUGGCAAAUGCCGAGAAAAAACGACGGAUAGAAAAAAGACGAAACCGAAGAUAUAUGAACAAAUUGAAAUAAUAAUAUAUCGCAGAGAUGAGUUCAAUGAAAAAUUACAGAGAGAAAAAGAUUUUUAAUUCGAAGAUAAAAAAAAUAAAAGAAAAAAGAAAAGAAGUGGAUGUAACGCUAUACAAGGAAGAGCUUUUCAUUAUUAGGUUGCACUCAUCAGUAAUAUGCACACACACACAUACACACACAUACACACAUACAUAUGUUCAUAUACUACCGACAAUUUUCAUAUUUUUUGAUUUGUUUUUUAUUUGUUAGUAUUUUUUAGAUCUAUGUACAAUAAAUAUUGAUGUAUUUUUACACUAUUAAUGACCUUCCUUAUCGCUUACGAGUUAUACUACAAACUAGGCGCAACUCGACGUUCGCGCUCUUAUUCCUUUUGUUUGAAAAAAUUAAACUCGAACGCGUACCAUAAAUAUAUAUAUAAAUAAUAUAUAUAUAAUAUAUAUAAUAUUUAUAAUAUAAUAUAUAUAUAUUAUUUGGUCUGCGGCCAUUCCACGAAGCGUUGUACACGAGAAAGGGGUAAUUUGAAUUUAAAGUUAUACGAACGAGCACCCAUACGCCCUUAUCAUGAUAAGGAGGAGAUCGUCGACAAUGCCACCUCUCGCGCGUUUCAAUACAAAAAAUAAUUUUCGCUAAAUCUCGCAACGCUUCGUGGAAGAACCAAUCGUGCAGUCAUAAACCUUUUUCUGUUUUUUUCCUUCGAAACUAGUGUGCACCCUCACGGUACUGAAUAAUAAAAAUGUUACAACGCAUCAUGGCGAAUGAUAGAUAAGCGAAUGAUAGAUGCGUGAACGUGCGGGAUGAGUAAAAUAUAAUUAUGUAUAUCGGCUGGUGUAGUAAGAGUAGCGCGAUAAUAUUAUAUUAAUAAAACUAAAAUUAAUAAUAAUAAUAAUAAUAAUAAUAAUAAUAAUAAUAAUAAUAAUAAUAAU